CGCCAGGACUUCGCUCUGCCGGACUCGGGGUCCUGGAAGCCCUUCCUGGACACCUGCACCUCCUUCAACCUCUCGGUGGUGCCCACGUUUUCCAUCCAGCACUACCUCGCGGAGGGUUUAGCCGCCAGCGAGAUGGAAGCGCUGAUCCAAGAGAAGUUCGGGCCCUUCAUGCGGUACUUCGUCCAAGGCGGCGGGGCGCUGCCCUUUGGCUCCCACCCUUGCCUCUCCACCGGGGGGACGCUCCACGAAAGCGUGAAGUUCUGGAGCGUGGGCGGGCUGCCGACCCUGGAGAACCUGGUGGGCAGCUCCCGGCUCAUCACCAACGGGUACAGUGCGGCAGAUGACAGCUCCCUCAUCGAGCGAAGAUUUACCAGGAUCGCCCUCCGCGCCGUCUACAGCUGCGUGGCCCAGAUGUUGGGCGGCACCGAGGCCGAGGCGCGGGGCGCCAACAAGAUCGCGCUGGCGGUGGACAUGAGCUUCCCCGCGGCGACGGUGGGCACCAAAGCCUUCCUCCCCGGGCUGGAGGAUAUGAUGAGCUCCUUCGAGCGAUCCGACUUCGAGGGGGAGUUGUUCGACAUCUGGAUCUUGGAGGUGAAGCUCCCGCCGGUGGAGAGCGCGGUGAGCGCCGUGAUGGAUGCCUUCGAGAACCUGAACAAGACCCAUGCCGUGCGGAAGCCCCUGAUCCCGCAAGUGGGCGUGGCCUCGGCGGUGCGCAGAGAUCGCAAGCCGAACCUAGUGCCAGACCUGCAGCAGGAGAUGCUGCUGGUGGCCUGGAACCGCACCCAGCAGAUGGCCUGCGGCUCAAUGAUCGUGGACGAGUUUGCGGAUGACUGGACGCGCAGCGUCUCCCGCGAGUGCCAGUCCAACGGAGACAGCGAUCUCAUGCAGACCUUCUGCGGAGAGCCCUCUGGCUUGCUGAAGGAGACGGAUAUUGUGCCCGACGAGUUUUUGGGCCUGGUGUCGCACACCAACUGGUUCCUACACAGCUGCGUGCGACCGCGCUGGGACAAUGCAGCGGCACGGCCGCCGAGUUUCGCGGAGGGUUGUGUGACUCAGGUCAUCCAAGCCUUCGAGCUGAGCUUCUGCCGCUGGCUGUGGGAUUGGCUCACAUGGCACAUAUGGGAAUGA